AGAUAAUGAGUAUAGUACGGUAUCUUGACCGAGAAGUACGGUACAAGGUCGCUCUUGGCUUGUGUAGUUGGCCUUAAGAUCCAUAUUAUUAAUACCUCAGGAGGGCUAAUGAAGCCACCCUCGGGAGCUUAUACUCAUCAGCUAGUAACUUCAAGGUAGAAAAGUGGGUCAUGUCGAUGCAGAAGGCUGCCUAUGGCACUUGGAAGUCUCCUAUUUCCAGUGAUGUUGCAACAAGUGCAGUGAACAAAGUGGUGGAGGCACCCCAGGUUGACCCUAGUACAGGAUGGGUGUUUUGGUGUGAGUGGCUGAGCAGUGAGGGAGGUCAGAGUUCCAUCUUCCACUUCAAUCCAGAGACAAAAGAAAUUGUUCGGUGGACGAAGGACUACGAUGUGAGGACCAAAGUCCAUGAAUAUGGUGGUGGUGCCUUUACUAUCUACAACAACACCCUGUAUUUUGCUCAUAGUGACAACGGUGCUAUCUACAGGCAGGUUGGCCCAGAUGGCACUCCUUCACGCCUAACCAAAAUUGGAAGUAAAAGAUAUGCUGAUGGCAUCUAUUGUCCAAAGAGGGAAGCCUUGGUGUAUGUAUCGGAGGACCAUGGAGUCGUAAAGAGAGGAGAGGCUAAGGAACCUCGCAAUGCCCUGACCCUGGUUGAUGCUAAGACUGGAGAUGAAGCAAUCCUGGUUGGAGAAGCGGAUUUCUUCGCUGCUCCGACACUCUCCCCUGAUGGUCGUUUCCUUGCGUGGAUCCAGUGGAAUCACCCACAAAUGCCAUGGUGGGAAACACAGCUGUGUGUGGCAGAAUUUGGUGACAAGAACGAGGUUAACAUAGUUUUCUCUCGUAAAAACAGGAGCAACAUGUUGCCCUCAUUUGACCAGAACAACAACCUGUUUUAUGUGCAUGACCAAACUGGUUGGUGGAACCUGUACAAGGUCACUACAUUGAGCCAGGAAGUGAACCUUACACCAGAGUCCAAGGAGGUUGGCUGGCCCAUGUGGCAAUUUGGUUGGCGAGCGUAUGACAUCAAUCCACGGACUGAGAAAGAAGUGGUUGCCAUUGCUUCCCAUGAGCUGCUAGUAAUCGACCUGGUGAGCCAGGAGAGGAGGGUCCUUGACACGGGCUACUCUGUCCACACACGAGGGGUUGUGUAUUCUAACGAUGGCACGCAGGUGUAUGUUGUGGCUGGAGAUGGGAGUCGGGCACCACGGCUGAUCCAGGUACAUGUGGCCUCCGGGAAGGUAGAGGUAGUAAACGAGGUCCCGGAGUCUCCUGUCCAUCCCGGAUACAUCAGCAUCCCGACACACAUCCGCUUCCCUACAACAUACGAUGGUUUUGCUUAUGGAUAUCUUUACCUGCCCAAGAACAAGGACUUCAGUGCCCCUGAAGGUACCAAGCCACCCUUACUUGUGAGGGUCCACGGAGGCCCUACAGGUGCUGUCACCUCUGUACUGAACUUCGCCUACCAGUUCUUCACCUCUAGGGGGUUUGCCCUCCUCGACGUCAACUACCGAGGGAGUACCGGUUAUGGGACAUCCUACCGUAACGAGCUCAAUGGGAAGUGGGGGAUACUGGAUGUAGACGACGUGCUGGCUGGUGCAAACUACCUGAUGAAGGAGAAUUUAGUGGACCCCAACAAGAUGUGUGUUGAUGGAGGCUCAGCCGGGGGGUUCACCACUCUGCUGGUGCUCAUGGCUCAUGAUUCACCUUUUACAGCAGGAGCCAGCUUCUAUGGAGUUUCCGACUUGGAAAUGUUGGCAAUGGACACGCACAAGUUUGAGAGCAGGUACCUGGACACACUGAUAGGAAACUUGGACACGUGCAAGCAUCUCUAUGAUGCUAGGUCACCCAUGAAGAAUGCAGAGAAGCUUGGUAGACCAGUGAUAUUCUUCCAAGGAUCAGAAGAUAAGAUCGUUAUACCGAGCCAUUCCAAAGACAUGUACGAGAUCGUGAAGAGCAAGGGCCUUCCAACUGCUUACGUCCUUUAUCAAGGCGAGGCUCAUGGAUUUAUCAAAACGGAAAACAUAAAGUCUUCUCUGGAGGACGAGCUGUAUUUCUUCUCUAAAGUCUUCAACUUCACGUUAUCUGAUGUUACAUCUAAGGUUGUGAUAGAAAACCUGGAUUCCUGGAAGGGUACAAGUAGUGCGUCGCAGGAGCACUUGUCGGCCUGAGGAGAAGAAUGUAUUUGGUAUAAAACUUGGGUUUUAAUGAAACUAAAAAUAUAUAAAAUGUAUAACAAAGUUUAGCUUGCUUCAUUUGUACAAGAGCAUUAUAAUCACAAUGAAACAUUUUUUGGUGAUCUUGCUUGUAAUACUUCCUACACAAACUGGAUAACUUAAUACUGUACUGUAUGUAACAUUUCUUUGGCCAAUUCCUAUUCAAAAUAUUUAUCAAGUAUCUUACAUCUUUUAUCAAACUAUUUGUCAAAGAUCUGUAUAACUAAAUUGCACAGAACAAUGUCGCAAUAACAUAGCUGAAAAUAGGACGGCCAACCCACAAAAUUGUUAGUGAUGGAAUUGUGGUGUCUUGCACAGCAGGGUAUGUUAUAAGAAGUCAUUCAUUACGAACCACCCGAUUGUCUAUGGACUAUUUUUUUCACUAUGUAAAAGUGGGAUUAUUUCUACACCACUACAUAUGUUUACUUCAAAAACAUCUGAGAGAACCAAAAAUAUUAACUGUUUUAUAUUUCUGAAUAUCUAUCUUUUAAAGUAAAUAUUGCUAUAAGAUUUAACAAAAUCACUUGCCUUAAACUAUUGCCAGCAUAGGAGCCACAUGUUUAUAAAGUUUUCCUCAGUGUGGAGUACAGUAUUAUGAUGGGAUUAUAUUUUCCAGUUAUAAUACUUUUAUAACUAAAUACAGCUUAGAUUUACUUCCUUUAGCAAACAAUAUACCGAUAAAUACUGCAUUACCCUAUCACGUUUCUGAAUGGACCAGUGUUCCGUGCAUGCACCAGGCAAGGUAAUGGUUGCAUAUCAUUUUCUAUAAAUACAAUUUUGCAAUUAUGUAACUAUACAUGGUGUUUAAUUUUCUUCCCGAUUAAAUAUCUCUGCAAUG